GCGAGCGAGACUAGGGUUUAGCACGCUCCUCCGAAUCUCCUCCACCGCGGACUAGGCUGAUCGAUCGACAUCUCCAAGGUUCAGCGGGGCCGGAGCUCCGGUCUAUCCUCUAUCGCCGCCGGGUCGUGCUGAAGCCUGAAGCUUGAUAUUACCUGAUUGGUACAGCUGAAUUUGCUUGAUGGAGGAUCUACCAGAGGCUCUGGUGUCAGAGAUUGUCAAGAAGAUUAGCAGGACAAGUGAUCUGAAUUCUCUUUCCCUUGUGUCAAAGCAGCUCUACACGAUUGAGGGGAAUCAAAGGGGUGCUAUCCGUGUUGGUUCUGGUCUUUGCACUGCUACAGAAGCACUGGUAUCAUUGUGUGCCCGGUUCCCAAAUUUGUUGAAAGUUGAAAUCGAUUACUCUGGCUGGAUACCUGGACAUGGAAAUCAGUUGGACAACAGAGGCCUCUUUGUGUUUUCAUCUAACUGUUCCUCGCUGAUUGACCUCACCUUAAGCUUCUGCUCAUACAUCGAUGACUCUGGGCUUGGUUGUUUAGCUUAUUGCAAGACAUUGGCGUCUCUCAGUCUGAACUCCACACCCCAAAUAACUUCAACUGGGCUUAUCUCGGUUGCAGUUGGUUGCACGAGUCUAUCAGCUCUCCGCCUUAUUGAUUGCGAGAAAAUCGACAGCGUGGAGUGGCUGGAAUACCUUGGUAAGAAUGGAUCAUUGGAAGAGCUUGUAGUGAAGAAUUGCAAAGGAAUCAAUCAUCAUGACCUCCUAAAGUUUGGUUCAGGAUGGAUGAAGCUCCAGAAGUUUGAGUUUCAGAGGAAAAAUGGAAUACAUGAUAUUCAUCCAGGUUAUGAGUUCUUUGACCCCUAUUACGAUGCUCACGGCACGGAUAUAUAUGAUUUCUGCUGUGAGAGUUUGAAGGAUUUAAGGUUGGCGCGUAUUAAAACUUCUCCAGAAAUAGGACUUCGUGUUCUCUUAGGGAAGUGUAAAUCAUUGGAAAAGCUUUGCCUUGAGUAUGUUCAUGCCCUAAAUGACAAUGACAUGAUUGCAUUAUCCCAGAGAUGCAGCAACCUUGGAAGCAUCUCACUUUGGCUCUCACUUCAGCGCUACUAUAGUGAAGAAGAUGGCUACUGUGAGACCAGGACGUCAUUUACGGAUAAAAGCCUUUACGCUCUGGCGCUCAACUGUCCUAUGCUUCAGAUCGUAGACCUCAGAUUUACAGGAUGUUCUCCUGACUAUCCAACAGAAAUAGGAUUCACACAGAAGGGUUUUGUGGCACUCAUUCAGUCCUGCCCAAUUCGUGUUCUUGUGCUGAACAAUGCCAACUUCUUUGAUGACGAGGGUAUGAAGGCACUUUCAUCCUCACCAUAUCUGGACACACUUGAACUUAUAUUGUGUCAUGCGGUAACUGAUACUGGGAUGCGCUUCAUUGCACACGCACCAUCCUUGAGUAAUCUCACACUUCGGGCAUGUCAUAAAGUGACUGAUGCUGGAGUGACUGAACUGAGACGUGCACAUAAGUUAGAAUCUUUGGUUAUUGAGUAUUGUGGUGAGGUCUCUCUGCAAGCUGCGCAGGGUGUUACCAAGUCAGUUCACUACUCCAGCAAGUACUCAAACGCCCUUAUGAGGAAAAUAGUUUUGGGUGGUGCCUGAUGGAGUGGUCUCCCAAGUUCUCAGUAUGAAUUUGCUGGUAAAGUCAUUAAGUUGUUGACUGUUCACCAUUGGACAAGGCUGUGCAUCAUUUGACCAGAGUAUAAGUUCACUUCUCUGACCUUUACUGCAAUGAUUGUCCUGUAUGACAGUCUAAAUGUCUAGCGUUGAAACUUGGGACGGCAUCUGGUUAAUGAAACAAAUAUUAGUCAUCACAUGUGUGCUAUCUACGUCUGUAAUUCUAGUUGCUCAUUUUCUACUAUCUGUAGCCAUUUUGAAAUCCGCAUGGAUCGUCCCCAAGAUUCCAAAUUUUUGUUGUGGAUGAAGUAUAUUACAAAUUGUUUUUAUUGUUUUCAUUUA